AUGUCCGGAACUGGUCAAGUCCGCAUCUGGUAUAUAAACAAACAACAUUCAUAUCUACCCACUAACUUUAGUCUAACUAGCAAUCAAUCAUUAACCACAAUGCCAUCAUAUGCUCUCAUCGCCGGUGCCGGCGCAGGCACUUCCGCCUCUGUUGCCCGCCUCUUUGCAAAACACUACACCGUCGUCCUCCUCUCACGCAACGAAAAGUCCUAUGCACCCACUAUCCAAGACAUCACCGCCGCUGGAGGCAAAGCAAUUGGCAUCAUCGCCGACCUCGCUCAGCCGGACGCAGUAGGCGCCGCCUUUGACGAGAUUGAAAAGCAGCUGCCUGGCCACGAUCUCGCUGUUGCCGUGUACAAUCCCGGUGCGGGGUUCCAAAUGGGUUCGUUUCUCGACAUGAAGCUAGAAGACCUGGAUAAUGGACUCGCUACUAGCACCCGUGGACUGUUUAGCUUUGCCCAGCGCGCCAUCCCGCUACUUCUCAAGAUGGUGGCCGCGACACCUGCUUACCCGCCUACACUGAUUGUCACUGGCGCAACAGCGUCGAUUCGCGGCGGUGCACGCUUCUCAACUUUUGCUAGUGGCAAGUUUGCCCAGCGCGGUCUCACGCAGUCUCUUGCGAGAGAGUUUUCGCCGCAGGGCGUCCAUGUGGCUUAUGCGAUUAUUGAUGGUGGCAUCAAGUGGCCAGAUGCCAAGUGGAUGAUGAAUGGCGGCGCAGAGGAUGGCAUGCUGCUGCCUGAUUCGAUUGCGGAGAGUUAUUGGCAUUUACAUACGCAGCAUCGCUCGGCGUUUACGUUGGAAAUGGACCUGCGGCCGUACAUUGAGAAGUUUUAA